AUGAAGUUAUUUAUUUUAAUAGUUUUAAUUAUUUUUAAUUAUGCAACUGCAAUAGAAUAUUCAUGCCCAAAUGAAUAUUAUUCAUUAUCAAAUAUUUGUCACAAAGGUAAUAUUUAUUUUGGUAGUGGAUUGGUAAAUAUUAAUUAUUACUUUUUUUAUUAUUACUUUUUUUUAAUUUUUUUUUUUUUUUUUGUUGACAAAGGUUUAAAUAAAAAUAAAAAUUUUUAUGAAUAUAAUCAAAUUUAUGGAAACUCAAAAAUAUAUUCCCCAUGCCCAAUUGAUUGGAUUACUUUAUCAUGGGGAUAUCAAAAAAUUUUCAAAAAAAGUUUAACAUUGGGUUCAUGUAAAUUAAAACAAGAUAAUUCAAUUCAAUUCUAUCAAAUUGGUAAUUGUGGUGAAAAUUCAAUUGAAUUUAAUUCAAUGAUUUUAUCAUUUACAAAUGAAAAUCAUUUUUUAAAUAUUUUCACUUGUUCACUAAAUAAUUCACCAAAUUUAAUCACAACAACCACAAUCUUCAAUUCAACUUCAAUACAAUUAAAUCAUACUUCAGCAACAACAUCAUUUAAUUGUUUGAAUGGUUCAAUUAAUGUUUUUACAUGGGAUUAUGGUAGUGAUAUAUGUCCAUUGGGUUUUUAUGGUACCUUAUGUCAAUAUAAAGAUUAUUGUUAUUUAAAUGUAUGUGGUGGGAAUGGAGAAUGUGAAAAUACUGAUAAUAUAGUAAAAGGUUAUAAUUGUACUUGUAAAGAAGGUUAUAAAUUCAAUGGUACGCAAUGUGAAAUUGAUACAUGUUAUAUUAAAAAUUUUCAAAUAGAUUGUGGUUAUGCAAAAUGUAAUUUAACUACAAAUCACUUUAUAGAGAAUGGAAUUGAUUAUAACAUACUUUAUUAUUGUUAUUGUGAUGAAGGUUUCACUUUACAAAAUAAAAAAAUUGAUAAUGAAAUUAUUAAAUACUGUCAAAAAGAAGGUGAAUGUGCAAAUUCUACAAUGUGUGGUUCAGCUGAUUGCAAAAAUGAUGGUCAAGAUGAUAAUUGUGUUUGUUUAAAUGAAAAAACUCAUUUAUUCAUUUCAGAUAAUGGUGAUGUAAGUUGUGUAGAUAAUCCAGAUUCUUCAAAAUGGAAAAUACCAGUCUCAAUCAUGGUUUCAGUAAUUGGUCUUUUAUUUAUAUUUUGUAUCUCAAUGUUUAUUUAUGUUAAAUUUUUUAAAUAUAAAAAAUCUAAAACAAUUACAACAAAAACAAAUAAUAAUAAUUAUUAUUAUGAUGAAGAUGAUAAUUCAUUAGAUUCUCAACCAUUGUUAUAA